CAUUUCUGAUUCAAAUAUUCCCAAGAAAACAUUUCUAUUCAAAUCAUAAAAAAUGGCAGAAGAAGAGAACACAGUAGAGACUAUUCGACCCGAAUUUCCAACAGGCCGGGUCAAGAAAAUCAUGAAACUCGACAAAGACAUUAACAAAGUCACAUCAGAUGCUCUGUUUCUCGUCUCCCGAUCGACCGAGCUAUUUCUCCGGUUGCUUGCUGAGAAAUCGGCAGAAGUUGCUACAGAGCAGAAGCGAAAGACUAUAAAACUCGAUCACAUCCGAAUCGCUGUAAAGAGGCACCAGCCAACUAGCGAUUUCCUUCUUGACUCGCUUCCUUCGCCAACCGAGUCAUCAGAUAAACUGGCAGCGGAGAAGAAUCGUUCUCGUCUCAUCGCCGAUAAGCCUGCUCCGCCUGGCACUCGCCGGAUCGACGAAAUCUUUGCUAAAUCGGCAAAUGAGGCUCCGAUUCAGAUAAAUGAUAACUAGAUGUCACUUAUUUUCACUUAUCGAUAAUGCUGUACCAGAAGAUAUUUUUAUUUUAUAAUAUUUAAUGAAUCUCUAUUUAUUUA